GUUUUUUGCUAUGAGAAAACAUUUCGAAUUAGAAGGCAUCCUUCUGUUGACUGGAAUCACGCCUAGCAGUAUUUUUUCGAGUAUCUAUUGAAUAUUUGAAGCUUUUGCUAUGUUCCAUUCAAGGCCACUUCAGCAUGGCCUAGAGGCUGUGCCUAUGUCUAUUUGCUAUUAACGUAUUUCCCUAUGGAUGAACUAGCUUCAAGUUAUCCUCAGACCUUUAGUGGUCUACGUAAAUCGGAGGUUAAAUUAAGGAGAAAGAAAGAAAUACCUCCACCCAAAUACCUAUGUAUGCCUGGUUCAUUAGCAGUUAUAGACAAAAUACCCAUCAUUGACAGGUCUCAUACGCUGUGCAACAAAAUAAAAUGGUAAUCAAUACAUAAUUUCAUUCUUGGCAUAUAUCAAUCUCUAAGCAUAUUUCAAAACAACGAUAUAGGUGUAGAACUUCAGAAACUACAAAUACCCCAAAUUGCUUCCAACCAUGACAAUACUUACUCAGAGAGCCAUGGGGUUGGUCAUUUGCCGAAAAUCGGGAGACUUCGUCGUUUACUAAAGAAAGAAACAAAACAUGAGUGGUUGGAAGUUUCGAAUCAUAGCAUGUUUUGGUCUCAUGUACUUUUUGGUUCAAAUGAAAUAAUUCGACGUUUGGAAAAUUAUAGUCAAAGUGGGGCGAACAGUCAAAUUGAUGGGAAGAAAAUUUUUUGCGUUUUUAUCGAUUCUGGCUGGUUACAGUCACAAUAUGUGCAUCACCUUGUUAAUUUAUGUGAUUUGUUAAAUAUUAGAUUGAUAUCUGUUAGACCGUCGGGAUGUUUACCUGAAUUGGUUACCACCAAAUUGAAAGAAGUAAAAAAAUUGGCAGUUUUUGCAUUUUCUACAUCUAAUGAAGCUCCGUCAGAUCUUUUGGAUAUAUUUCGGCAGCUUGAUACUCUAUUCUCACCAUGUGUUGGUAAUACUAAUAUCAGUUCAGCUAAGUGGAGCACUAAACGAAAAACACCUUCAUUUGAAGUGGACGACAGGCAUUCUGAUAAUUCAUCCAUAGUUGAACCGAAACAAUCAUGGGAAGUUGUACAAAUCAGUCCUCAAUUGUAUGCUUGUAGCUCUAUGGUCCGUGAAUUUACUCUACAUGAAUUCCAGUCAUAUACUUCUUCGCUCAUUCAAAAAUCAUGCAAUAAUGGUGAUAAUACUACCUACGACACUUUGUUUAACAAUGCUCUUCAUUCUCAUUUGUAUAGUGGUAACCAUGGUCUACCGCAGUAUAAAUCUCCAUCAUUAAAAACAGUUGUUGCUCAAACUGUGGAUCAGCGUGCAAAUCGGAAGGUACAGCGAUAUAAAAAAGUGAAAAAUUCAACGACUGGCAAAAAGACACAACCAUCACUUGUCUCAAUAAAGAGAAACAAGAAGAAGAAGAAGAAAAUAUUGAAAAUAGCAAACAAAAAUCCAGAAUAGCUACAUUCUGCCACUAUCAGUCUUGUGAAUUUUUUCUGCAUAUUUUGUAAUAAACCUGUGAUUAUCCAGUUUGUUAAACUUUUCUUUGUACAUGUGUGUGUUCGCCUGUUUUAUUUCUGAAAUCGUUAUUAACUCAUUGUGUCCCUAAGAAGUCAUCAUUCCCGACCGAAAGCUGCUACCUUGACGUGGUGGUCGGGCUUGAACACCGCAAUGACCUAAUCAAGCUAUACUGGCUGAGACUUAUGUCUCUUGAGGUUCUACCAUGCCAGGCAGGUUGUUUGGAUAGCGGUUAAACAAAAAGCAGCUAACCUAUCCAAUACCAUGAUUCAAACAAAUUCACAAAAUUUCAUGCCGGAUCGGCCGUGGCCCGGAUUAACAACGACCGCGCUUCCUGCUGCCGUGUCACAGGGCGGGAGUGAUAAAUCUGCUACUGAGACACACCAAACAAAAAAGAACGAACAAAAACAGGCCGCGUGUGACCGGCCUCAAGCAGUUGUCCCCUGGGCUCUGCGGUCACGCAACCAACUUCCACGGUGUGGGCAGCCGGGAAGUAACAAUCGCCCUCACAAUCCGAAAUGCACACGAAACCUCUCUAUUACUCACUCAUCUUUGUUUUCAUCUUCAUCUCUAU